CAGUCCAUAGGCUUGCCAUUUCUGCUCCUUCUUUGGAUCACCAGUCGAGCUGGAGAACUUCGGGCUGCCCUAGGGGAAGUGCUGGCAUGUGAAUUGCCAUCCCGAUCCUGCCCGUCUGCCUCCAGGGGGCCAUGUCCAGGGUGCCGACUCCUGCCCCUCCCGGAGAAAUGUCCAGCGGCCCUGUGGCAGAAAGCUGGUGCUACACCCAGGUGAAGGUCGUGAAGUUUUCGUACAUGUGGACCAUUAACAACUUCAGCUUCUGCCGUGAAGAGAUGGGUGAAGUUUUGAAAAGCUCCACAUUCUCGUCGGGUCCAAGCGACAAGAUGAAAUGGUGCCUGAGAGUAAACCCCAAGGGCCUGGAUGAUGAAAGUAAAGACUACCUGUCAUUGUAUUUGCUUUUAGUCAGCUGCCCCAAAAGCGAAGUCCGAGCAAAAUUCAAGUUUUCCCUUCUUAAUGCUAAAAGGGAAGAAACGAAAGCAAUGGAGAGCCAAAGAGCAUAUCGGUUUGUGCAGGGCAAGGACUGGGGCUUUAAAAAAUUCAUCAGAAGAGAUUUUUUGCUCGAUGAAGCCAAUGGCCUUUUACCGGAUGACAAGCUGACACUGUUCUGCGAGGUGAGCGUGGUCCAAGACUCGGUGAAUAUUUCCGGACAGUCCAACACAAACACACUGAAGGUGCCUGAGUGUCGUCUAGCGGAGGACUUAGGGGCUCUCUGGGAAACCACCAGAUUUACUGAUUGCAGUUUUUUUGUCCGAGGACGAGAAUUCAAAGCCCAUAAAUCUGUCCUUGCAGCUCGCUCCCCGGUUUUUAAUGCAAUGUUUGAACAAGAGAUGGAAGAGAGCAAGAAGAAUCAAAUGGAAAUAAAUGAUGUGGACCCUGAGGUGUUUAAAGAGAUGAUGAGUUUUAUUUAUGCUGGCAAAGCACCCAACCUGGAGAAAAUGGCCGGUGACCUGCUGGCAGCUGCAGACAAGUACGCCCUGGGACGGCUGAAGGUCAUGUGUGAAGAAGCUCUGUGUUGUAACCUCUCGGUGGAAAACGUCGCCGACAUCCUCAUCCUCGCUGAUUUGCACAGUGCGGAGCAGUUGAAAGCACAAGCAAUAGAUUUCAUUAACAGGUGCAGCGUCCUGCGGCAGCUGGGCUGUAAAGAUGGGAAAGGCUGGAGCAGCAGCCAAGCCACAGACAUAAUGGAGACGGCAGGCUGGAAGUCCAUGAUUCAGUCCCAUCCGCACCUGGUGGCCGAGGCCUUCCGUGCCCUGGCAUCGGCCCAGUGUCCCCAGUUCGGCCUGCCCCGCAAGCGGCUAAAGCAGUCCUGAAAUCUUCCGUGGACUCUUGCGCCAACCAAGUGACUUUUCCCCCCAGCUCCGGAGGGUCUGUCGCCCCGACGGGAGCCCCAGGAACCCCGACCGGGCCCGGCCCCUGAGCGGAAGCCGACGGGCCGCCCACGGCAGGUGUUCCCCAGAUGGGGCACCUCUUUCAGCUUUAAAUGAGACUGAGUACUCUCCGAAUCACUGCAAGGCCUUAAAUGAUGUCCGAUGACUUCUCCAGUUUGUUCAGGCUAAUGUAUUUUUGCUAAUGACGAGGCCCCAUGGGGCUUGCACUAGGUCCAGGACGCAGUAAAGUUGAGAACUGAAGUGGAUUAAGUUUCCAAAGGGAUCUUCCAUUAUUUUGAGCUAAUGAAGUGGGUUGCCUGGGGCCUUGGGGCCCUUGAAGGUUUAAAGCAGGCUCUCCCCAGUCCCCAGUCACCCACCCACGACCCCCUGGAACCCCUGAGCUGGAAGCGAGCCAGUAUGGGCUCCAGCCUGAGCACCGUAAGCUCUGUCAGUCGGGGAGACACUUACCAGCAAGGUAAGUUCAUUAUGGCAAUAUGUUGCUUAGUGGAUAAUUUAUUUUUGGGGGUAACAGUCAGGAGUGCAGGGCCCUGGGGGGCGGGGUGGAGUAUUUGAUACCAGGUGGGCCAAGCAGUAAUGCCUGCUGCCCUGCCUGACACACUUGGGAAACACCCAGUGGACCUCAGGUCAGGGUUUCUUUCCAACUCAAACCCCCUGGAUACCGUUUCGAUAAGAUGGAUGGAGACUAAGGUUUUGGCAAAAGAAAGAACCCGCCAUGCUCUCUGGAACAUUGUAUUUAUUUCGUGCUUCCCGCAGUUGGGUGAGAGGCAAGCCACCAGAUGUCGGUAGGGCAGGCGGGUGGCUAGGCUCGGAGAGACCAAGCGGGCACUUCAGGAGAAUUGAGGUGAUCCAGCUGGGUGCGUCUUCACCUGGGAGACUCUUAAGAGGAGUUUUAAGCUGCUUGGAGCCAUUUGGGUUGCUUGAAUUCCCGGCCAAGAAAGCCAGUGUUGGGGGUUCCUCAUGAUGGGUUGCGCGUAUCCUGUGGUCAGAGUUGGAGGUGCUGGUCUCCCCCCCGCUCGGGUGGAGACAGCCGCCAGCCCUUCUCCUCACGACGUGCAUAUGCGGGCGUCAGCCCUGGCUUGUCCCUGAGCAGGCUGAUCCCAGGCGCCCGCAAGCCUCACUCCAACUACCAAAACUUUCCGUGUCCGGUAGCUUUGUUUACAGUGAGCUUGGACAGCCACCCAGGCGGCCUGCUGCUUCCCGGGCCUCUUGGCCCCGUGGGCCGCUCCGGGUGUGUCAUGAGAGUAGACAAGAUUCAGGCUUCAUCAUAAGGGGAGGAGUUCUCACUGGAAAAAAAUAUAUAUAUACUUAAAUAAAUAUAUAUAUAUAUAUAUUUUACGUAUAUAAUUUUAUUCUUCAAAUAACGGUUGUGGUGUGCCUGAAAGACUUAGUGGAAAAGGGUGGUUGAAAUAGUUUGUUUUCCCUGCUGUAUCAUGACUUAUUUGGGAGUUAUAAGUCAUACUCUAAGGUAUUAGGGAGAGAGGGUUUGCAAUUGGCAUUCCACAUCCCCAAAUCUGCCCUUGCAUUGCUCAGUCCUGGUGGGAGAGGGGUCCAGAUGAUUCCCUUUGCAGUGGGAAAGCCUCCCCGGUGGGCCGUGGAAGUCUCUGCGGUGGCAACUGAAUCCGGGGGUGAGGGCUGCGGACGGGCUGCAGGCCCUGUCCACAAAGGGCUCCGCUGUCUGCCAGUGGGAACCGAGUCGGGCAGAGCCUGCCCAAUCCCCUCACCCUGCGGCGGGCAGAGUGGGACAGAGUCUGUCACCCCCACUUGCAGGCCAGACCUGAUGGGAUUGUAAGGGCACUGACCUCUGAUCCAAAUUCCCUUUUUGAGGAGUUGAUUUUUCCUGUCGUUUAAAGUCUGGCCAGGGAGCCCAGGGAGAAAGGAAAGAUCUGCCUCACCAAACUAGGGGCGCUCGGUGCCGUGUGCACACGCGUAUACACAUAUGUAUAUGUAUGACAGACUCAUCCCAGAUAAUUCACUGCUACCAUGUAUGGUUCUAAUACACAGAGACUUCAGCAAUAUUUAAUACUGUGGAAUAAUCAUUUCAGCGUGUUCUAAAGUAUUUAUUACCAGUCUAAUGGCAAGCCUGAGGGUUUUGUUAGCAAGGUUUUUUUUAAAGCUCAAGAGCACAUUUUGUACCAAAAAUGUCCAACACUGUGCUGUAAGAAUAUCUACAUGGGUAGAAAUUUCCACUUUUCGGAUGAUACAAGGCAUACCUUACAAUACACUGACGGGAGAUCGGAGGACCGUUGGUUGGCUUAUUUGCUUGUUAUUUAUUAAGUGUAUUUUUUCAGUUUUGUUCGUUCUUAGGAAAAAAAAAUAAAAACAAUUGCUGUAUUUUCGAGUGCACUAACCCUUAGCUAUUUGAAUUGCAUCUUAACCCCGAGCAGUGUUGUUUCUCUCCCCGACGGCACCAAGGCUGCCCGGAGCCUUACUUGGCCACCUGCUGCUUUUGCCUCCUCAUGGCCACUUUGAGCCUGACCCUCCCUCUGGUCCCACCUGGCCAUAGGUCAGUUGCUCCGAACUUCCAGCUCCCCAGGGCCGCCGGCUACUGAGCCAGAGAGAGCGAGCAGGUGUGGUGUGCAUGCAUGCAUACAUACACGUGUGGGUGUGUGUGCACGCAUGUGCAGUGUUCCUGGAAGCAAAACAAAACCUUGUCAGUGUUUGGAGCAAAAGUGUGUCAGUGCCACACAAUCUUCUGGCUUGCCAACCUCUUCCCCCACCCCUGCUCCCUCAAAAUAAGCAUAGCCGCGUGUUUGUGUGUGUGUGUGUCUUUGUGUGUGUCUGGGUGGGGUGGAACAGAUUGACCCUUCCAGAAAGAAGGCUUGAUUCCAUGGGAGCGCAGGUCCGUCAACCGUGUCCUGAACGCGCCGGGGUUUGAGCAGGGCCCAGGUGACCCCCUGAUUACUUUGCUACAGGUGAUCGAUUGGCGGUGGCAACUCAUCAGGGUGCAGGACCAGGGCCUGUUGGUGACGCGGCCUCUCCAGGGGCCCUCUCGCACGCCUUUGGGCCCGACUUAAAUUAGAAAUAUGUGAUGGAAAUUGGGAUCGCCAAUUUAACCCAGUCCGCUUCUAUCCUCACUCAAGCCAUAAGUCACAAGUAACAUCUUUUUACGUGUGUAAACGUUAGACACUAAACAGUCCCUAAGACUUAAGAUGAGCUUUAUCCGGGGUUUCAGUGCUGUGGAUAACGCAAACACCCUCAAAUUUUUUUCCCACGUGGCAUCCAAACGCAGAAAGAGGGAAUUGAUUCUGGCUCAGACGAUUUGAAUGAAAUUUGAGUUCUCCUGGUGUAGUGAAAUGUUUCCAAGAAUAAAAAGUGUUCAGUAUUUUCUUGAAAAGGGUUUUUUUUUUUUAAUUGAAACUGAUCAGGUUGUAAAAGUUGUCAUUUUAGCCCAGAAAACAAGCUGGCAGAGGGAGCAUUUAAUCAAAAUGGAAUAUUCUCAACUUCAAAACCAUGUGUCAAUUUUAAUAUCUAAUGUUUGCCUGUGGCGUCUAACAUCAUGGAAUUACAUAAUUUAUAGCUCCGUGCUAAUUAGUGACACUAUUCCAGUUUAACUAGCCUCGCACACUGUUUUCUCCUCACAGCAAAUGGACUAUAUUUGGAAAGGAAUAUAUCGUAUUUCUAUUUUUCUGAUGUCCGGUUUCCAUCUGCACUGUAAGGCAGUUUAACUUUGCAUUCAGUAUUUCAGAAUGAAGGCUUCACUUCAAUGAGUUGUGUUUUGGAAAUUAAACCAUUGUUCAGAUGACUUAAAGAUCACUUUUGGGCAGAAAUGAUGUAGCCAUCUCAGUCUGUAAAGCCCUUGCAUUGAGCCGUCUGGCUUUUUUCAAUCAGCUGAUGUUAAAGGUGAGAGACUUUUUGUAUCUUGUUGCUGAAAAUAUUUUUGCGUUUCAGCACCCCAAGUUACAAUAAAGUUGUUACUACUUGUUCACAGUU